AUGCCGUGCUCCGCCCCUGGCGUGUCGCCGGCCAACGUCACCGACGCCGACAAGCUGCAGUACGCGGCCAUUGAGCGGAUCCAACUCAAGAAGCUCACGCAAAUAGCGGAAAGGCUUCGCAAGAUUCAAGUCCCGACCAUCAAAAAGGAGAAGCUGGGUGACCUGUCCAUCGCGCUCGGUGCCCAACUCGGCGUGGAUGCGAGCCCAAGGUCCCCGUCUGCGGUCUCUGAUACUUUUUUUUUGCCUUGCGACUGGCCGCUCGAGGCUCUCGAGUACGAAACAUGGGACGAUCGGUGGUCUUGGUACGCACACCGGCUACGCGUUGAUCCGGCCAUCUUGUUGCAAGUUCCCGAGACCAUGAGCGAGUGGUUCCGCCACUGCCUGCGUCGAUUAGGCCGCUUGGUCCCAGAUCUAUGGGACCACUACAGCUGGCCGGGCGCCAUUCGAGAAGCGAUUGGGCUGCGGGUGCCUUGCCGACACUUCUGCCGGCCGCCGUCGCACCGCCGCCGUUAUUACGAGUCGUAUGUGCAAUGGGUCAUGUUUGCCACGGUCCCGUCGGCAAUGCCGCACGCGGCCUGCCUCGUCCUCGACUCGGGCACGCUAGCCGACGACGACGAUGACGACGCGAUCCUGCUCUCUGAGGCCGAGGCGGCCGUCGCGCUGAUUGAGUUUCAGCUCGCCGACGGCGACUACACCAAUCACCACACCAAGCCGGCGCUGGUCGCGACGCUCCUGCGGAACCAGACGGCCCGGCUCACGCAGGCCCAUUUCGACGGCAAGCAAAACAGGCUCGUCCUGCGCCAGUCUCGCACGCUCGACCUGACAGGGGCCGAGCCAAGCCCAGACUCGUGGACAUUGCUGCGGUGGAUUGCGAGCCAACCAGUGGGCGAGACGCGCUAUGCCGUCGGCGACUCUGACGAGGAGGCUCUCUGGGAUGACCCAGCCCACCUGACACCUCGAAUAUCCGCAUAG